AUGUGGGGGCAAGAGCAGCGGCCGGCGCUUCAUCUUCAUUUAGGUCCGCUCUACCACCAGUGGAAAAUUUGCCAGAUCUUGCGAAAAGGUCGCUUGUUCCGCAGAACUCUCGCACGGGCACGACUGAGUUUGACAAUAAGUUCAAUGAAAUCGCCGCGAAAGUCGGUGAUCUGCAAGCGAAGUUUCGGAUAUGCAGUGCAAAAGUAUCGUACUCGUAUAAAUGCGUAUACAAACUUCCUCAGCAUGAGAAAUGAAAUUUGUAAUGCGGAUGUACCUUCAGAAAAAGACUUGUAAAUGCAUGAUUGCAAUACGAGUAAGAUACUUUUGCACAGGAUAUCGGACACUCGACAGCGACAACAAGCUCGGUGAGGUGGCCGCGAAGGUCGCGGCGCUGGAAGCGAAGCUGCGCGCGAGGGACAGCCUAGACAAGGAAAACAUAACGGAGCAAAGGCGGCUGUCCCGGAUGAUAGAAAAGCUGAAUCGCAGAUUGAGCGCCAUCACGGAAAGUGGAGAUAAUAUUUCUGGCUCAGCUGCGCGCAGCACCACGGGAGGUCCGGACUACGCUGAGCGAGGGCCCUCCAUGCUCAGUGCCAGCACGACAGGAACGACCACAGGUGCAGCUCCUACUGGCCAGCAAGACGCAGCUCCUGCUGAAGAUCUUCUAGAUCAUGACCAUUCGACGCCCGGAGUCCGGUUGACGCACGCGCCGUACGAGGAGCGCUUGCGGAUGCUGGAGGGUUUAGUCACGGAAAAAGUCGAGGAUCACGAGAAAAAACAAAAAGAACUUGACGAAAAGAUACAAAAGCUGGAAAGCAGGAAGGGAGGUUCAUCUUCCGGAGACAUAGCUGGCCGAGAUCGGCGGUCGGGUGGUUUGUUGAAAGGAGAUUUUGACAAGCAAAAACAACCCGCCAUAACAUUGAACGAGCCGACAGAAUUUUCCAAAUGGGCACAGCAGACGCGAACAACUUUGCGAGACUCGAAGUCUGCUAUCUUGUCAGACGACGGAGGAGCUCGGGAUAGCGGAAUGACAAUGAUUGUCGGCGUGGGCGCUACAACUACAGGUAUUGCUCCAGCUGCUUCCGGUUCUGCGACAGCUUCAAGUACUGCUCCAUUUGCAGCUACCAUUCCGGAGGAACAAAGUGACCGGAUGACAACAAAGGCCGCUUCUACUUUGCAGGAGCCUGGCGCUGGUAUAACAGGAACCGACAGCACUGCGGGCGGCCAAGAGGACGACAAAGACCCUGCUGCUCCACGACCUGCCGACGAGGAGCCCGAUCAUGUCAAGCGAAGAACCCA